AUGGCGAAAGGUCCCUCAAACAACCCCUAUGAAGAGGCACGGAAACAACGAUUAGAAGAAAAUAUGAGAAGAUUUCAGGAAUUGGGCGUUGCAAAGUUUGUCAACAGUCUAAAAGAAGAGGUUAUCAACAUCAAAAAGAAAUCUCUGCCGAAACAUCAAGUAAAAGUGAAGAAGACAACUAUAAACCCUCCUGGUCCAUUGAGAUGCUCUACACGUCCCCGGGCAGAAGCUUCCUAUGUGGAAGAUUUAAGACUACAUCUAUAUCGGAUUUUGGUUUUUGGUGGAAUGUUUGUUCCCGACAGUCCCAGUCCCAGUCCCAGGCGUAAAAGGUUGAGAUCAAGUUCAUCAACAAGCUAUAUAGCAAGAAGAAUUGCUACUAAAAUGCAACGAUCUUAUCCUCUAAAGCGUGCAAAGAGAUUUGAAAGUCGUUUGUCGUCUGGACACCCAUCUUGUGUCAAAUCACUGCGCAGUUCACAUGUAUCCGGCAACUUUGUGCUGAAGAUGCCACAGGAAUUCUGUAACGAUCACAUCCCCAAGGAAAAACUGACAAUGGUGUUGGAAGAUGAGGAAGGCUCAAUCUAUGACACGAGAUACCUUGGGGAGUUCGCGGUUGAUAUGGAAGAACUCUCUAACUAG